AUGCGUCAUGAUAUUUUCAUUCGACCGCCUGAUCCUAGCUUUCUGCACUCACCAGAUGGUACAGACUUCCCAGCGUUACACGAUGUUGACAUGUCCCCAGACACGAGACCAGAAUGGAUCAGCGUCCUGCAGCGACACUUCAAUUUCCAUCAUGUAUUUGAAGAUCUUGAAGAAGGACCAGUGUUGUAUGGUCAAGUCUGGUAUUUAAAUGCACAUCCUGACUUUCACUGUGAUCAUCCACGUAGAGUUCGACUGCAAGAGGACCCACUUUCAUGGCGAACGGACUUGAUUUUCUCUUGGAGAGAUAGAUUGCUACGGGCCAUGCCAUCAGACAUACGUGUCUUGCAUGCACCAUUGAGUAGCAGUGAACAUCCUUCGCCAGAAGUACAGAUGAUUAUUGCGCAAGGCCUGCCGACCAAUAAUUGUGCAGUCAUUAUUACUUUGUUUGGAAACACUGUCUUGCAAUUGCGCUGGCGACGCUUUGCACAUGUUUUCAUUAGCAGAGUCUCAGUACGUGAAGUGCUCCGUAUGACUGUACCCGAUGAGCAUGCCCACCGACCUGCUUUUGUGCAGUUUGAUGGACGGACAUAUCUGCCAGGCGAGUAUAUCAUCUUGCAGACUGGGGGUCACCUUGGUGUUGUCAUUGAUGAACAUGACAUUGAUGUCUUUACUGAUCAAAUCGCUGAUGGUUUUAGCUUGUACCAACAGGGUGUGGUCCUAUCUAAAACCAAUAAACCUGCCACUACCUGCAAACCAGCACCAUUUGAUGUUCCGGAUGAUUUGCCAAUGAUUUUGCCGGCUCCCCAUUUACCCCCUCGGGCUUUGCCGAGACAUGAUGGAGAAUCUGAAUGGAGCUGGCAAUUAGGCGAGCUUUUUCAGCAGUACGGUGAGACGAAUCCAUGGGACGAUGCCCGCACCCUGGAAGUCACCACCUGGUACGUGCAUCAUGGUUUGAGACCAGUAUGCCGCAGAUCACGACCUGUUCGUUUAGAUGGAAAUGUGGUUACUUGGAUUGAGGAUUUACGUACGGUUUGGGCGGACCUGUUAGAUCGUAAUCUCCCCUUCUCAAUCCAUGUAGUGCACCCGAGACCCACGCAAAUGCGUGUGCAGAGGAUGACUUGCCACCUUUUGCUGGAGCAGGGUAGAUGGCAACAUCAGGCAGGUGUAGUGCUCACAGCUCUCAUUGAAGGAUUCCCAAAUGACAGUAUUGUGCAGGGUGCUUAUUCUGUUGAUGUGCGCACUGAUUUGCUCUCCAUGCUACAAGCUAUGGAAAUGGCGCACUUAUGCACUGCCCGACGCUGUAAUGUUGUGAGAGGUCGACAGGUUCUGCCACCCAAUGAAUGGAUUGAGGUCCGAUCGGGGCAGAGCCUGAGAAUUACUAUCUCGCCACCGAAGCCAGAUCCCGUUGAGCAGGAGCUGGAACACCUUCGCUUUGACGAUUUAGCACUAAUGCAGGCCCCAGGCCAUUGCUUUCAAUUCAAUCCAGAUGCUCCAUGGGAGCGUAUCCUUCGAGAUCUUUGGACUGACCAAGCUGAUCCUUCUUUGCCCAUUGACUUUAUACCAGUUAUCCCAGUACCGGAAUCGCUCGAGUCUGGUGUUGCUGGUCAUCUUGUCAUGGUACAACAUCCAUUGGAGACCAUGUCUUCACCAUUGAUGACUAUCACUGAUAGCGAUAUCCACCGAGGUCACCCUUUUCGGAUGGUUAUAACGGUUGGAGAGCGGGCACUCCCACGAGAUCUCUUACAAGGUGUGGGUUAUGAUCGUGACUGCUACUUACAAAGGGCACAAUGCUUGUUGCGAUUAGGAUCCCUACCUGCAGCUGAAGGCCGCCCCUUGGCGAUCCGAGAUGGGGAUUGCGUUUACGUGCAGGUGACGAGACCCUUCCUGCCAAGUGAUUGGACUCCACCCUUCAUGCCACCGCCACAGGGGACUGAUAGUCUUAACUUGCUGCAAACCAGGACACGAUUGGUUCACGGCGAAACUACAUCUACUGGUGUCACGGCAAAUGGUACUCCAAUCCGUCUUGUGGCUUGGUUUUUGGAUGCCAGUAACACAGUCUGUCGCAAGUUCCGUCACACUGUGGCGCGCUCUAACCAAUGCUUGUUCAAGAUUGCAGAGGGCCUUUGGGAAGAAGUCAUUCAAGGGCGGGUGUGCCAUGUCUUUGCGGUUGAUACCCUACGUAGGUGUGUUGCUGAUGAAGACACUAUGGAAGAAGUUGCCUUUCUGGUUGUCCAUGACAUUCCUGUGGAGCAUGUUGCAGUUUUGCUGGAAAGAGUUCAGGAUAACGGUAUGCAAAAAUUUGUCGAUCAUGUUGCGGCUCUUGUGCCCAAUGAUGCCCCGACUGAUCUCCUGUGGUCCAGGCUGCAAGGCAAACCAGGCUGCCCCAUAUUAGAAGCCAUGGAUAUUUUUGUGCAAGGUCGUAUCUGUUCAGCUUCUGAUUGGCCAACGCUCUUGUCUGGAUAUUGUGUCAGUUUCUGGAUGUAUCAACAAAGGCUUACAAGUUUGCACGCUCAAAUUGACUUCUCGGAUGUGUUGGAGGCUUUUGCACGGCUUGACUCUCAUUUCCUCCUGCCGCAAUUUGAUUUGCCUCGCCAUUUCCCUUUCCUGCCUUGCAGUUUACCUUGGCUUGAACCAUGGUGGGAUCCGUGUUCAGGGGGAUCCUCUGUGCGUAUCUAUUUUGAUGGGUCGCAUGUUCACACUGCAGAAGGGAAGAAGGCUGGUGCAUCCGCUGUUGUGUUUGUACAGGUAUCUGGUCAAUGGCAGUUUGCUGGCGCUGUGUCAACUCAGUUACCGGAUUCCUUUACCUCCUAUACUGCGGAGCUGGCAGCAGGCAUUAUUGCAUCAAAACUUGCCUUCGACACCUUGAAAUUGGACAAAUGGAUGCAAACUCAUGCUCAAGUCUAUGCGGAUGCCCAUGUGCUGGAUGUAAGAGUCCGAUUAGCAGUAGACAGAUUGCUGUAUGCUCAGAGGGUCUAUGCAGUAGGCCCAGCCUUUCUGCAGAACAUCAUUCACUAUGAAGCUGACAGUACGCAUGACUCCUGGCUGGCAGGUCUUCGUGCAGAUUUAGCCUGGGUGCAGGAGAUUAACUCCACUGUUCUUCCUUGUGGAUGGGAGACCGAUUUGACGCCGCUGAUUGACAGUUGGCAGGAACAAGGCAGCAGAUGGAAGAGCACGAUUAAGGCGGUUGCGAAGAAACAUCAGUGUCAAGAAAAAAUGAUGGCUGAAGUGGUCACUUUGCACAAAGUUGCCUUUGAGGUAUCUCACCUUGUGAAACGUGCCUAUGGAGAGCAGGAAUCUUGGCUCAACAGAUUGAGGCAAUGCAAAUUUGAUGUGAUUCCCGAAGAAGCACAAUGUCCGCGAUAUCGAGAACUUGAAGGACCUCCUCUUUUCAUUGUUGUCCAUUUGUUCAGUGGGUGUAGACGGGAUGGUGACUUCCAUUGUGAACUCAGGAAGAUGGCAGAAGGGUGCGCAUGGCAGGUUUUGGUUCUUUCCCUCGACACUGCGGUGUCUAUGGAAUAUGGGAACCUUAUGAAGGGCACUACUUCCUGGGACAUGCUGUCCACACUGUACCUGGAUGGAAGGGUCGCCGCAACGUUGUGCGGCCCACCGUGUGAGACGUUUAGUGAAGCACGCUUUACUGAGCCUCCAGAUCCUUCCUUUUCCUGGCCGAGCAUGCAGUUCAUUGUUGGGCAGCGGCCGAUGCCAUGCUGGAGUCUGAGCGGUGGCUUUGCAUUCGGCAAGAUCUGCUUAAGUGCCUUGCAGUUGGCGCGCGGCCGGGGUCAUGUCUCCACCUGUGAGUUUCUCCGAUUGCAUCCUGCAUUCUCAGAGCCAACUAGAUCCAGUGAUGACAUUUCGACGAAACUUGUGUCGGUGACCCAGCUCCAAGCCUUGGGCAGGGGAGAAGUGGAGGAACAAUUGCUGAGCUACAGCUACUACCAGGUCUCACCCCGUCGAGAAGCUUUCUUUGCCCGGAUGAAGUGGGUCAUAGACCUUGUCCGAGGCUUCCACCAGCGCAUCAUCAGCAAAGCCAACACGACAACACAACGCCCAGAUGGACCACCUGAGUGGAUUCCACAGGGAGUUUACUACGUACCCUCUUUCUUUGCCUUGCUGAUUGCCAUACACGAUGAGGAGAGCUUGCGCUGCUUGGUAGAGGCCUCUGUUGCUCUAACCUCCAGCCAUCUCUAUUGGCGUAAUUUGGGCUAUGAUCAUUUCUAUGUGCACGGCAUGGAAUAUCCUUUGGUGACGGACUUUGACUUCGCCUUUGGGCGUCCCCGACCGAGGGAAGAGGCGACACUUUGGAUGGUACGAGCCUUCUAUGCCAGCACUCGAAACAUGGUGACGCUGACAACAGGUGAACUCUCCGAAGGUCCAGGAGCCUGGGCGUUGGCCGCGAAUCUCUACAGCGCCAGGCGUAUGGUGAACGUGCCUUUCACCCUGCAUGAGGACUGCGAGGAAGAGAAAGAGGAUGGAAGAAAGACACGGCUGAGCUUUUCUGGGUCAGUGCAGGCAACCAACCAUGAGCGGGUGCUUCUUUUGAGGGCUGCAGCCGCUGAAUUCCCGGUCGUUCGAAGUGGCAACCUUUGGUCAGUCAAAAACCCAAAACUUCAGCUCAGAGCCUGGGUGCAGCUAAAUGCCACAGCAGAGCCUUUGAAUCACACGCAGCGUCUAAGGAUGCAGACCCAGCGAAGCUGGUUGCAGAAGAUGUACCGCCAAAGCCACUUGUGCAUCGUGGCUCCUGGCGAUGCUCCCGCCCUGGGGCAGCGACUUUCGGACGUGCUGGCGGCAGGCUGCGUUCCAGUCGUUCUUCUCAGCCCCGGAACUCAGCCGGUGCUGCCUUUGCAGGGCGCGGUUCCAUGGGAGGACUUCGCAGUGCUGGUCCGCUUGGGUGAUGAUGUGGCUGGCACUCGUUGGGCUUUACGCAGGCUUUGGGCAAUGAACUUGCAAGAGAUCCGACGCCGGCAACAACAACUGCUCUUCUGGCGUCCACAUUUGGCAACCAGCUUCGGGCCCAAGUGCUCUUCCAGGGGCGAGGUGCACCCCAAUGUGGCAGAGUUGGCGCUGAAAGAAGUAUUUCAAGCACAGGGCAUUUGGCGACGGCAGUUGCCCUUUGGUUCGCUUGAGAUGAACUCAACUCACUGCCAUCGUGGAGGUCCACCUGAAGGUCUCCAGUCGCGCUGCGAUAUCCUGAAAGGGCUGCUACCCAUCUGGGGCUAA